AUGCUGCUGAUGACACCCACGACCGACCUCACCGCUCUCUCCUGCACACUCGUUCACUUUGGGGGUAACCGCAAUCCCAUCAUGUCAGACUCGGCCUAUACCACAAAGGGCCUCCCGCCCGCGCCGGCCGUAUCCAUGACAACCAUGGCCAUGGUCGGCCUCCUCGUCGACGUCUUUGGGCUCGACGAGCUGCCUGAACCCAGCGACGACGCGCCGGUGACGUGUCUCUGGCUCCUUCACCCGCGGACCCGAACCCGGGCACGGAUGCACGACGUGGCGCGGCGCGCGGUCCACGCAUGGAACACACAUCAGUCGCAGAGCCAGACGCAGCAGUCACGGCGGGGCCUGGUGGCGCUGGCGUUCGACAUGCCCAACCACGGCAGCCGGCUGGUCAGCGACACGGCCAACAAGACGUGGAAGGGGGGCAACGAGCGGCACGCCAUCGACAUGGCGGGCAUCGUCAGGGCUGCGCGCGGCGACAUGAGCGGCCUCAUGGACCUCGUGGGUGGGUACCUGGGCAGGGAGGUGGACGCGCACGUUGCCCUGGGCUGGAGCCUGGGGGGGCAUGCGGCGUGGCAGGCCGUCUUUGGCGAGGAGAGGUUGGAUGCGGUGGUGGUGGUGGUGGGAUGUCCCGACUAUCUGGGACUCAUGACCCAUCGCGCCCAAAACGCCGACCUCGACACGGGUUCCUCCCCUCUCCUGGGCAGCAAGUACUUCCCCCCCGACCUCAUCGCCUCCUGCAACGCCCACGACCCGCGCGCCAUACUCUUCGGCGCCACCUCCCCGCCCCCGCUGCCGACGCCCCCGCUGCCGGCGGCGGAGCAGGCCCGGCUGCGCGCCAUCCUGGACGCGCGCGGGCUCCGCGGCAAGCGGGUCCUGGUGUGCUCGGGCGCCGACGACGCGCUGGUGCCGUACGCGCGGUCGGCGCCGCUGCUGGCGGUGCUGGCGGACGCGGCGGGCGGGUGGUACCGCGAUGCCGGGCUGGUGCUCGAGGAUCGCGUGUACGAGGGCGUGGGCCAUCGGUUCAGCGCCGAUAUGGUGAGGGAUGCGGUCGCGUUCCUGGUCGGGGCGGUUGCUGAGGGGCCCAGGGGGGAGGAGGGAGGAGCAGAUGAAGGGGAGAGGAAGGCGAGGAUUUGA